UCACUUUGCCUCUCCACGUUUCCAAGUAGCUGCCAGGGGAGAUCCUCAUCCUGAUCUCUCCGUUCAUUGGUGACACGAGACGCCCAUCACGCGGAGCUCGUCCCGGGUCAUUCCCUAUCCGUGUGCUCUGUCGGAAAUGGCCGUUUUUUCCCUUUCUUCCAUUGGACUGAGCCGAUGUCAGUCGGUUUGCCUCACGCUGAACCCAGUCCGCCUCUCCGGCUCGCUGUCUGCCGAGUCCGCCGUCAUAUUGGCUGCUAGAAGCAGCAACGACCACGGCAAAAAAGAAGACCCUCACCAUGUCGAAGAACGGGUUUUUGCGGCGCUCAAAGAAUAAUUUAGACUUUUAAAUAUUUUUGAUCACUAUUCAACUAUUGAUUUUAAGAUAUUCGGGAUGAUACCAUCAAGUGUCCAAGUAUAUUUAGUGCUUUCAUCCGACACCGUGGUCCACAAGGGGGAUGUAUGCCUGACUCCUCUUAAUAGCCAUUUUUUGCAGACAAAGAGAGCUUUUGAAUAGGGCUUUCAAAAGGCACAAGGGUCCCAGGGGCUCCUAUUGAUGAAGAAAGUGGGCAACAUGUGGAGCAACCUGAAGAGCAAAUGCCAGACGCUCUUUCACAAUAACAGUUCAGGACCCAGUGAAAGCAGGGUUGAGGCUGAUGCUGUCCACUGUGUGUUGGAUCUUGGCCAAGGAGGCAGCUCAGGUGAGGCUGAGGCAUCAGAAGUCUCUAGCCCAUCAAGGAGCCUCUUGCCAAUGCCAAUGGUAACAGCAGGACGCCGCCAUCAUAACUGUGUGUCGGACAUCCCUCAGAUAGUGGAGAUCACGAUAGACAAGGAAACUGAGGAUGUGCGGGGAGGAUCAGGGGGUGUUCCCCUGGCUCGGAGAGACUCUUAUUCCCGUCAUGCUCCAUGGGGUGGCAAGAAAAAACACUCAUGUUCCACUAAAACCCAGAGCUCUCUGGAGGCAGAUAGGCGGUCAGGACGUUUACGAGGGAGUGGGAAUCGUAGAGACAGGCGUUAUGGAGUCAGUUCCAUCCAGGAGAUGAGUGACUCUGUAUCUGGAGGACGCAGUCUGAAUGCUCGGUCUUUGCGUCAGCGGUUAAGUGAUACGGUAGGACUGUGCCUACCCUUGCCCACUCACAGACGCUCCCGCUCAUCUAAGAACCCUGUCACCUCCAAACGUAAGAUUCACCUGACAGAGCUCAUGCUGGAGACCUGCCCCUUCCCACCAGGCUCAGACCUUGCACACAAGUGGCACUUGAUCAAGCAACACACAGCACCGGUCAGCCCGCAUUCCUCCACUGCCCUGCUGGAUGCCUUUGACUCGGCCCACCCCUCCCCUGAGGACGAGGAGGAACGUCUGCGUGAGCGCCGUAGACUUAGCAUCGAGGAAGGUGUGGACCCACCACCUAAUGCACAGAUCCACACCCUGGAGGCCUCAGUGGCAGGCUCGUCUCUCUACAAACUGGGACCAAAGAUGGCUCCUGGCAUGGGAGAGGCCUCUGGGGAAGGCCGAGUGUCAGGGGCUGGUAGCUCUGUGAGUGCUGGCUCAUCAGGGUCCUGUGGGCAAGUGUUGGGAGGUGCAGCAUCGGCCCAGGACUGCGACUCUGAGGAGGAUUCAACCACCCUCUGUCUGCAGGCCAGGAGGCCCAAGCAGAGGCACGCCUCUGGGGAUGGUCACUUGAGCCGGCAGCAGCCUGGGCCCUGGAAAGUUCACACCCAGAUAGACUAUAUCCACUGCCUUGUGCCAGACCUAUUGCAGAUCACAGCUCUGCCCUGCUACUGGGGUGUGAUGGACCGCUACGAGGCUGAGGCGCUGUUGGAUGGGCGACCAGAGGGCACCUUUCUGCUGCGCGACUCAGCCCAGGAGGACUACCUCUUCUCCGUUAGCUUCCGCCGUUACAACCGUUCAUUGCACGCCCGCAUCGAGCAGUGGAACCACAACUUCAGCUUCGAUGCUCAUGACCCUUGUGUUUUCCACUCUUCCACCGUCACAGGACUGCUGGAGCACUACAAGGAUCCCAGCGCCUGCAUGUUUUUCGAGCCGCUGCUUACAGCGCCUCUCCAUCGGACCUUUCCCUUUGGCCUGCAGCACCUGGCACGAGCCGCCAUCUGCCGCUGGACCACUUACGAUGGUAUAGGCUCUCUGCCGCUGCCCCCUGCCUUGCAGGACUUCCUCAAGGAGUAUCACUAUAAACAAAAAGUACGAGUUCGCUGGCUGGAGAGGGAACCACCACUCAAGGUCAAAUAGAGUGGCCUUCUCCAUAGCCUGUAUACACACUGCAGCAGGAUUAUAGAACUACAGAAAUUCCUCAUUAGCCAGUUAGAGGCUAUACUGAUAUGGCUGUCUUUCUGGAGGGGGAUGGCAAUUAAAUGUAACAAGCUAUACAAGAUUCAUUCUAAUCUUUGUUUUAGUUAUUACUUACAUCACAGAAAAUACAUAUGAUUAUAUUCAGUAUAACGCUGUCUGGCAAGCACAUGUUUUUGUGUUGAACAGGUUGUUUUGACAGGGAGGGAAGACACAAAUGUUGGCACUUUGUGUCUUUUCUCUCCUGCUUUUUUGCUAAAUGUCUGCCUGAUCCCAGGACAUCACCCUGCCUGUAGACCUGCCUGCAUGCAUCCCUUGUUCAUCCCAAAUUGCUGUUUAGGCCCACAUAGCUACAUUGUAAAGUUCACUUUGUGCUUUCUCUUUUUUCUUCUUCCUUAGCUUGUCAAAGCGCCUAGUGGAGCACCUCCCCAAGAGCAUUUUAAGUUGUGUGUGUGUGUGUGUGCGCGCGUGUGUGUGUGUGGGUUGAGAGGGCAACUGUAGGUGCUAUUGGUAUAUUGCAGUCGGAGCUCGUCCCAUGGAUAGAGUUACAUAAGGCACAUUCUUUGACAUCUCUUUGCACGCAUAAGCAUCAGUUAAGCCAGAGGCAGGGACAGAUACUGGGGUCCAUAGUGUUCAGGACAGCGUAUCAGGGAAAUGUCAUACUUUCUAAGGACUAUAGAUUAGUCCUUAAAAAACACUAUUUCCUCCUUAAGCAGUAAUGUUGAGUGAUAAAUAAUGAAUCAGUCUACUGUGUCCUGUUUAGUGAACAAGAAACCAUGUCAACUUUAUUCCCACUGUGCUGCAGUGCUUUCAAAACAUGAGAGACUUAUUGUAAGGAAAUAUUCUGACAAUUCCUCCCCAUUGUUACAGCUUUCAAAGCAGUCUGUCAGUUCUUCACUGGACACAGACACUUCAGCUCUGUGCACACUAUUGUGCAUAUAAACACAGUUCCUUUCUUCUGUAUGAAAUUUAGUACCUGUGCUUUAAAGUGUUUAGUUUCAUAUAUUUUCCAUAGCAUCAUUGGAUGGCAUCUGUAAUACAGUGUCUCAGCUUUUUAACCCUGGCAUCAAUUGGGCUCUGUUGCUACAAACAAUUUCUGUGUUUGUAUCUUUUAUACAAUACAGCGACACAGAACAAUGGCGCUACAUUCCCACCUUGAACAAGCUGCAUAAAAAUUGGCCAUAGACUAAUUGUAAACCAUGACUCCCAUAGCACCCCUUUCCUCCUAUAUUAAUAUUUCUUAUCACACCAUAAAAUGUGCUGACUUUUUUUAUUAUGAAGAGCACGAAUAAAAAUAAUAAUUAUUAUUUUUGUUAUUAUUGUGUAAUACUGUGAAACCAUGUUAUGUUCUGAGACUCUUAAUUUACCGUGAGGAUCUAUAACUCCCCAAAUACUCCUUUUGCCCAGUUGUAUUUAUAGUCAAAGCAAUGAAUGCAGGCAACACUUAUCGGUCAGGAGACUAGCAUAUCUUUGAGAGCUUUGGUCAUGGAAUCUGUAUAAUUCUAGUUGUUACUUGGGACAAAAACCCUACUGGCUAGCUGAUCAUUCCUGUUCUCAUUAUGAAGAGAACAGUAAAUGAAUAGAUAUAACCUAUGUGCCUUUUCAGAGAAUCAUUUCUCUUUUUCUAUUAUGAGUUACUCUGUAGUCCAAACCUGGAAAAGGAGGUCUUCAACACAGUCAACUUUGAUGCCAUCAUAUGAGACUGAAGAGAAUAAUAAUGAAUCACUAAGCUCACAUACUAAUGGUGCAAAUUAAUGUUUUUUGGAAGGUAUUCAAUUAUAGUGAGGCUAUGCUGGUUAAGCUAUGAAAGGUUAUUGCGAUGACAAGUUGUAUGUUAGUUAGAUCUGUUCUGACCUGUAUAGUUAGUGGGUCCAGUGAAGCAUAUUUCAAGACAAGAUCUCAGUGUCCAUCCCCCACAUGUGCACGUUCUGCUCUGCAAUGAGAGAUUAAGGUUAACUCUUUGAUUGUGAGCAUUUUGAUCUGAAUCCAACUUCUGAUGAUAGCACUCAAUUUAUGCAUCAGCAAUAGCAUUUAUUCCAAUUCUUGAUUAUAUUAAAUGCACAUUACAUAGCUUUGAAUGUGUGCAAAUGACUGUGGGAGGAUGAGACCAACACAGUGCUUCCCUUAAGGCUUUUAGGUUAAACUGUUUCUAACAUAAAUAUAGUUCAUUGAAAAGUAUGCAGAUGAAAAACCUGCAGGUAAAGUGUAAAGCAAACACAUUAAAGCUGAAACACACGGAUGAAUCAUGAAAUAAUAUUCGCAUGUUUCUUUGCCCAUGAAUAUCUGUGCCCCAUGCUCUUGCACAGAGAUAUCCGUUAUAACUGCAGCUAAAGCUAAAUCAUAUUUCAGAUUUAAACAAGUGAAAGUUGCAUCCAUACAGCAGUAUGUUAGACUGUUCCUCUUUGUUAUUGUAUUCAUAGAGGGGAGAAGCUGACCGUGUCAAGUUCACUUUUACACCCUAAAAAUCAGUUUCACUUGUAUAUCAGGGAGGCAACAAGGCAAUUUUUAUCCAUGUGGUACAAUAUCAUUUCUUAAUUUACUGAACAUUUCCUUUUAUAAAAGUCCCAAAUGUUUUCCACUGUGCCACGCUUUGUUCUCAAACAGCUUGAAUACGGCGCGUUAAUGCGUGUUCGAGUGCCAGGAGUGAGAGUUGGGCAGAGGGGAAUAAGGUUGACUUUUGUGUUGCUUGUAUGUGCACUUUUAUGUUUCAGGAUUUUUAGCAUCCACACUGUCAAAGAGAAGAAAUGUGUAUCUAUUUGAAAACCCACACACAUCAUACUUUCUUGCUCACUGUCACCUGUCUGUCAUGCCACUUCCAAGCAAUAGCAACAACUUGUUACAGUGCUCCACCCCUCUUGAGGCACUAAUAACAGGCUAAUUUUACCAUGUUGGGAUAGAAGUUUACUGGGUACUAAAAGGGCCGCUUUGUUGCCGUAUGGCUGCUGUGUGGCUAUUUUGUUAUUAUUAUAUCCAACUGCUCUCUUCAUCUGGCCAUAUCCCUAACAUCCCUGUGCUGAUGUGGAGGUGACUGGUGUUGAGUGAACUAAGGCCUGUUUGUCCUACCCUCUACACCCUGUCCAACCCUGUUAGGGCAAUGUGAGGCUGAAGUUAACAUUGAGGAGGAGGAGGAGCGGGCACACAGAGUGCUGACUUCCUGUUGUGGCAACAGCGUGCUCACAGAGAGGGCUAGGGAUUUGUUGACUUAAAUAGCACUUUAAUUGUGUAUUUGUUUUCUACGGUGCAGUCUGCAAGUAUUAGGACAGUGACAGUUUUUGUUGUUUGUGCUUUAGCAACAGCAUAUUGGAUUUGAAAUGACAGUAGGGCUGCAAAGUGACAACUUUGUAUCCAUACUGGGUGAACAUGAAAAAAUUGCACAAAUUUAACAAAUUUAGGUCAUAAUAUUUAAUCACUCAAUUUUAUUAUAUGCUGAUAUGUAUGUGAGCAGCCAUGUAACGGCCAACAUCUUUCUUUUUGAUUGUUUUUGCUUUCAGUCUGUUCUUAAGCAAGUGAAACAUCCUCAGUUGAGCUGAGGUCAGGUUACUUGGCCCUGUAAAUAUAUCGAGAAUCAUUGUAGACCUGCUUUGCUAAAUUGUAUAUAAGAGCUGCAACAAUUAAUUGAUUAGUUGUCAGCUAUUAAAUCAAUUGCCAGUUGAUCUGAUAACUGUUUAAUCAGUUUGAAUCAUUUUUAAAAGGCAACUAAUCAAUUAAUCAAGAAAAUGAUUGGCAGAUUAAUUAUCAAUGAAAAUAGUUGCUAAUUGCAUCUUUGUUGCAGAUUAAAAGGUUACAGUUCUCACUUUAUACAUGCAGUACAGAUUUGAACACAUACCAAAGGCUGAGAGUUAGCACUUCAACCUUAAAUUAUUGUUUCAUUAUCAGUAUGCUGCCCUACAGAGCCAAAACAACAACAAAUUUCUGACUGUCCAAAUAUUUCUGGACAGCACCGUUUAUGUGUCAGCCCAAGAUGGCGAGACUUGUGUGUGUUAAGAAAAAACUGAUGGUCCUGAAAUAUUUCACUCAUUCAGGCACGGUAAGCUGUGUCGAUGGAGUUGUAUUCUCCACCAUGCUGCAGACAGAUGGUGCAUGUGUGUAUGUUGCAUGGAAGUAUAUCGGUGUAUGGUCAGAGCCACAUGGAGGGUCCCAGUGGAGGGGAUGCAGAGUCGACUGUGAGGGGUGAUGGCAGUGACUCCUAUGAACAAUGCCUCUUUGCCCCCACCACCCAUCCCACCCCCCACCCUUAAUCUCAGGCAGGCCCAUUGAAAGGAGAGUCCCAGGACCCUCUCAACCCAGUUUUCCCCAUGGGAAAUAUCUGACAUUAACUGUAGCACAUGUUUGCCAUAUAACCCGUAGAUUUAGGAGGGGAAAAAAAAUCAUUGUAUGUAUGAUGAAUGGUGGAGUUCUAUAGUAGGAGCCUGAUGAAAAGAAGUUUUAUUCUUCUGUGGUGCAUUAACUGUCUGGAACACACGUAACAUUUGCACACACGUUCUAUCACACUUCAUCUGACACCUGCACUAGCCCAGGUAUUGACACACAUCCACACAACCCCAAGCUAAGCCAGGGAUGUGUACACAUGGACCACAUUUAACCAGCACCACCUUUCUGUGUUACUGCCCCCCAAAAAAGGGAAAGCAAGGAUGGGUGUUUACGUGUAUAUUCUAUGUUCUUAAGCAAAACAAAAUGCCGUGAAUUGAACUAUCUUGACCUUAUAUUGUCAUUAGUAUGACGCUAUUUAGCUGCACUAUGAGAGCCUCAUUUGUGGCAAGAAACCACUGGGUCUGGUCUGGAUGAGAGACAGGCUGGUUGUGUCGCUACACCCCUGGAUAAAGGACUCCUACCCACACCUCAGUACAACUCGUGGUUUUAGCUCUUAGAGGACAAACAAAUGAAAAAAAAAAGAUAUAUUAAAAAAUUUUUUCAUGUUCCCAUAAAUAUUUUAGAAAGCUGGUUUAAGUGCUAUAUGCAAACAGAAAAAGAUGUAUGAAAGAAUUAUUAUUUUUCAUUAUAACUUCUCCCUAAUAUGCAAUGGAGUGUAGUGUAACAAUGGUUGCAAUCCUCUGUCACUUUAAUGCUGUAUGUGCACAUUGGUUGCUGUGUGGAUGUGGGUGUCGAGACAACAGGACUUGACAAUGAUGGGAACUAAUGGUUGUCACUCUGAAGCACCGGCGUGUUCCCAGACUGCCUUAUUCGUUCUGACCAAUCACAAGAGCCCUUUAAAUCCCGGGCCGCAGCCACCGCCACAGGCUGCCCAAGCUGUCGUCAGACGAAUAUCGCUGUUCCAUUUUCUUCUGCUUUUCCUCGCUCUUUUCUUUCCUUUUUUUUUCUUCUUGCUGUCAGGUAGGAUUUGGAGCAUGUAAAUGGCUUAAUCAUGUUCACAUUUCACUGUCUGUUCUGUGUAUCUCCUUCACCAUUCAAAGAGAAAAAAAAAAGUCAUUUUCCAGUAUAACCUGUUCAUUUUUAAGAGCCGUAUGAUGCGACACAUGUAGCUGUCACUUUUGGUGCUUGGCUUAUGCUUCAUUGUCUUAAUAUUCCAAAUAAAACUGUUAAGUGUAAUCCACACUGGCCUAUUA